CCGCUGCCGCCCGCCAGAGGGCGCCGCCGUGGCCGCUCCGCCUUCCCCUUCCUCCCGGCGCUGGCGGCCGGUCCUGCCGGGCCCUGGCGGGGCGGAGGGAAGGGACGGGAAGGGAAGGAGGGCGGGCUGGCGGCGGCACCGCCACCAGCCGGAGGCCGCUCGCCCGCGCUCCUGCGGCAGAGGCGGGCAGCCGGGGCGCCGUGCCCCUCUCCUCGUCCUCCUUCCCCGCCCCAGCACCAUCACCCCGCACCGUGCGGCUCGGCGGUCCUUGCCAAGAUGUCUCGGGAGCCCGGCUGCAGCCGCUGGCUGCUUUUCGCUGCGUGCGCCCAUCUCUUCUUCCUUCUCCCGCCGCUUCGCACCCGGGCUUUUGCUGUAAGUGUAGUUCCUGAAGGUGCAGAAGAUGAGACUGAACUACCAGUGCUGCAGAAGUCUCAAAAAAGUGGAACAAUUAGUAAAAUAAGCAGAGAAUUAAAAGAAAUUGUAUUUAUCAUCCAGAGUCAAAGUAAUUCUUUUCAUUCCAAGAGAGCAGAAGAUCUAAAAAGAGAUAUUUUAAAACAGGCUGCAGAUCUUGGAAAGGAAUUACCUACGGUUCUGCUUAUUCAUCAGAUGGACGGGCAUGAAGGUGCAUGGACAAUAUUACCGUUAAUGAGAGACUUCUCUGUUACCUAUGGUAGGAACUCCUCAUGGAUUUUCUUCUGUGAAGAAGAUACAAGAAUACAAGUUGUAAAGCUGCUAGAAACACUUGGAAGAUUUGACGGGUCUAAGGAGUGGUUUUUAGGUAAAGCAUUAUAUGAUGAAGAAUCUACAAUAAUUCACCAUUAUGCCUUUGCUGAAAAUCCUACAGCCUUUACAUUUCCAGAUUUUGCUGCUGGUUGGGCACUUAGCAUUCCACUUGUUAACAAGCUUGCAAAGAAGUUGAAAAGUGAACCACUCAAGUCAGACUUUACAAUAGAUUUAAAGCAUGAGAUUGCCCUGUAUAUUUGGCAGAAGGGGGAAGGGCCACAUCUUACUCCAGUGCCUGAGUUCUGCACAGAUGAUGUGAACUCGUAUAAGGUUGAUCAUUGUGCAACAACAUUCAGUAAUUUUCUGCCACUUUGUGGAGAGCCAGUGAAAAAGGAAGAUGUUUUUGUUGCUGUAAAAACAUGUCGGAAAUUUCACGGUGACAGAAUACCAGUUGUAAAGCAGACUUGGGAAAGAGAAGCUGCCCUUAUUGAAUACUACAGUGAUUAUGCAGACAUCUCCAUCCCUACUAUAGAUUUAGGCGUACCUAAUACUGACAGAGGUCACUGUGGGAAAACUUUUGCCAUUUUGGAAAGGUUUUUGAAUCAUAGCUCUCCCAGAACUCCUUGGUUAGUCAUAGUGGAUGAUGACACACUGAUAAGUAUCUUCAGACUCCGAAGAUUGCUCAGCUGCUACGACCCAAAUGAACCAGUAUUUCUUGGAGAGCGUUAUGGUUACGGCUUGGGAACAGGAGGAUAUAGUUAUAUCACUGGUGGAGGAGGGAUGGUUUUCAGCAGAAUAGCUGUUCAGAAACUACUUGCUAGUAAAUGCCGGUGUUACAGCAUGGACGCACCUGAUGAUAUGGUCCUUGGGAUGUGUUUCAGUGGCUUAGGAAUCCCUAUCACACAUAGUCCACUUUUCCAUCAGGCAAGGCCAAUGGACUACCCAAAAGGCUACCUUUCUCAUCAAAUUCCAGUAUCGUUUCACAAGCAUUGGAAUAUUGAUCCGGUGAAGGUAUAUUUCACAUGGCUGGCACCAAACACAGAAGAGUCUCUUAAUGGAAAGAAAGCUGGAUAUAACAGAGAGGAUUUAUAAGCAGUAGAAGAACGUAAGUGUUGAGUAAUGUACUGCAGAUGAGAGACAGUUACUACUGUGAUUUUUGUGUUGUUCUGACAUUGUUCAUCUGCUUGU